AUGUCAUUUGACUUUCAUCCGAAUACAUUUAAACAAUUAUUUGACAUUAUCCAACAAUUAACAGUUAUACCACUUGAAGAUUUGAAUAUGAAUCUGACUUAUAUUUUAAUUAUUUGUUUGAGAUUAUUUACAAAACAUUUAAAAUUUCUAUUUGUUCUAAUAACAAAUCCAUUUCGAAAUUUAUUAUUCACAAACGAUGAUAUAAUCAAACCUGUUAGUAUUAAUCAAGACAUCGAUUUAAAUGAAUUUAUUCAUGACAAUGAUUUACAAACAUGGUUUGAUACUUUAUUAAUCCUAGCUUGUCGUGAUGAUGAAAAACUAGAACAGAUAACAAUCUGUAGACAAGCAUCAAAAGCUCUUAUGCAAAUUCUUAAUAAAAAAAUGUCUACCUUUACCGAAAAGUUAUCAUUUAUUCAUAAAUACAUUAUCGAAAAUAAACAUUUGAUCUUAAUUAACGAAUUAGUAGUAGAAUUGAAUAAAAAUACAACAUUACUCUGUUGGAUUGAACUCUUAUGUAAUAAUAAAUCAGAGAAUAUAACAGCAUUGAAUAUACUAUACUCAUUUAUUGAUAUUUCCUUCAAUUCUUCGAAUGAAAUGGAAUCAAAAAUGAAACAACAAAUUCAACAAAUAUUACAACGAUUUCAGCAAUUUCUCUUCAUUCGAUUAUCAUCAACAUCGUCUCUAGCGAAUAAAUAUAUUACUUAUAUAUUAAGUAAUUUUAAUGAUAAAUUAGUUAUCGAAAAUGAAUUAUUAAAUUCAAUUCUCAUCAGUUUGGGUUUAUUGACAGAAACACAUUUUAAUUUUGUAACAAUUCAACCACUUAUCACAAGUGUUUUACCGUUACUAGCAGAUCUAAUAUUGAAGAGUACAAUGAAUGAAGGUAUAAUAGUAAAUAAUCUAUCUUACAUGUAUUGGGUAUUAGGUAAAAUGAGUGCUACUUUGAUAGUCGGUCCUCAACCAGAUGCAUUAGAAAUGAAAUAUGUUGAGAAAUUACAAUCACCUCUAUUUGCUGGUGGAUGUGAGAGAUUACCUAUUGAAAACAAUCAGUAUCUAUUGAAUUUAUUGAAAUCGAAUAUCGCCAAUUUCAGUGGAUUUAAAAUAACUGAUUACAAUCUUCAACAAUCAUUAUCCGAUCAUGAAUUUUUAAUGUCAAUUUAUAAUAAUAUUGAUCAAGGUGCAAAAUUAAUAUCGAAAAUGAAAAUCUAUAUGAAAGAUAAACAAAAUUUAGUACAAAAAUCAAUUGAACAACAAGCAAAUAAUGCAUGUGCUGCUUUGUUUGCUGUUUAUAUAAAAUAUUAUCGUCGAAUCAAUUUAGCCAAAUCGGAACUCUCUCGAACAGAUGAUAAUAAACCACAUAAAAAACUUUUAUCUAUUUUCGAAUAUGCAAAUCUUGUUCAGAUAUUGUUUGCAAAAACAAAAGGACAAGGUGGUAAUUGUGACGAACUUUAUGAGCAAAUUAAAAUGAACACAUUAUUCCUUUUAACAUCCAUCAAAGAAAGUAAUUUGAUUCCGAUAAUCGAAUAUGAAACUAAUGAACAAGUAAAUAAACCAAAGUUCAAACGUUAUUAUUCACAAAAAAAUAUUGAAAAGCAUAAUAUUCGACUACUUCGAAAUAUGUUUCAAGCUUGUAUACGAUUUAAAAAAUUAAUAUUAAUUAACAAGAAGGGAAUCGAAGACAAACAAGAUAAUGAAAAUAUUCUAAGACGAGCUAUUGAUUAUUAUAUAUUUAAUGAAAAGAAAUCAGAAUCGGAUGAAUUAAUACAAUGUAUGUUUCGACAAUAUGAACGAGCAAUAUUAAGAUUAAUUACAUAUCGAUUUAUUCAUAAAUUCAUAGAAAAACUAUUUGAUAUGAACAAUCAAAAUCAAAUUCUCAUACUUUUAAGAAUUUAUUUACCAUAUUUAAGAAAAGCAAAUAUUGAAUGGUCAUAUUUAGAAAAUAUUUCAACCACAAAUAUUCAAUUAAAAGAAGAUAUUGGAAAGAAUUAUUAUUUAAUUAUUAAAAUUAUUCUUUCUUAUUUAUUACAAUCAACAAAUAUUGAUCAAAUGAUAUUAAUACAAAAUAUAUUCUAUUUACUUAAUUUAUCUUAUAAUUUAAUAGAUAUUUAUUGUAUACAUAAUAAUGAAGUUCUUCAAAUAUUAUUUAACAAAUUCAGUAGCACAGAUCUUGAUGUAAAAUUUGUUCGAUACAAUUGGUUUCGGUUGUAUGUAUUUAAAUUUUGCGAAAAUUUUCAAAUUGAAACAAAUUCAAUUUUGAAUGAAAUACAAGAAUUGAUCUUUGAGAAAAUAAUUCUAACUGAAUUGAAAUUAUUAAAACAAUCAGAAGAGAAAACAAUACUUAUGAAUAAAAAUAAUUCAUUCAAUAAUGUUGCUAUUGAAUGGUUCAUCAAAGCAAAAGACACAAAUAAUAUAUCAUCAAAAUUCGACGUUGAUCUGUAUAUCAAUCAAUAUUUAAUACUUCUAUUACGAUGUGUUCAUUUGUAUGAACAUGUACGAUCAUAUUGUGCGAAUGAUCAAUAUAUUGAAGAACUAAUUUAUAUUUAUCGAAAUAGUGGAAAUCAAAUAACUAUUUUAAUUUCUUUAAAAAUUCUACAGAAAUUAGUGAGAUAUUUACCGGAAGAUAUGAAUGGAAAAACACAAUUAAUGAUGAAUGAGUUUUUAACCAAUAUUUUAUCUUCUAUCGGUAAGACGACAACAGACAUAACCACUGAAUUAAUCUACAUAUAUCGAAUAAUUAUGUCAUGUAAAUCACCAUGGCAAACAAUGGCCAUUCAAAUAAUCUCGGAUACCAUUACAUCCAAUUUGAAAUCAUUUGAUUCGAUUGAUAAUCUUCUAGCAUCGUUAUGUAUCUUAGGAGGAUAUAUUCAACCUUUUUGCUUAGGUUCAGUUAUAGAAAUUCAUACAACUGAUGAAACUCAAUUAGGAGUAAUUAUCGAUCUUAAUAUCAACUCUCAUGAUCUCGAUACAUCUGAUACACUAAUUUAUCUUGUUCAAUAUAUCGAAACAAACAAAACUGAAUGGAUAACAGGAGAUAAAUUAAAAAUAAAAAUUGAUGUUCUCCCACCGAAUCUUUUGGAUUUACCCAAUGCAAAUAAAUUUAUAGAUUUCUUAUUUGAUGCAUUAGCCUAUUUCAUACAAAUCGAUACAUCAACAACAGAAUCUUUACUUUUCUUACAAUUAAAACGUCGAUCUAUAGCCGUUUUAUAUCGAAUAUUAAAUCAUAAAAAACUCGUGAAUAUAUUCAUGGAAAAAUCAUAUGUAUCAAUCAUCGCUAAAUUAUCAACAUCAGCUUUGCUAUCAAAAACUGCUCAAUCAUCAAUAGAUUUACAUUUAUUAAAUAAAUAUCAUUUAGAACAAUACUGUUUAAAUUUAGAUCGUUGUGAAUAUUUUAAACAAAUUCUUGAUGAUACAAAUGAAACUAUUCAAGAUGAAUUUCGUAUUUGGACAGAUGUUUCAUUUAAAAAAGAUCAAUUAACACUUGAUUUUUCAUUAACAACAAAUGAAUGGAAAUCAAAAAUGUCAAAAAGAGAACUUAAACUAUUUAAAAAAGGUCGAUUUGGAAAUGAUGAAAUAAAAAUUAUUCCAAUGUCAUUUGGAAAUUCUGGAAAAUGGUUCAUAGAAGAAUGUGGAAUAACACAUCGAUUUCCAGGGCGAGUUACUUUAAUUUCUGAAAAUUUUAAUACACUAUUUGUCACAUUUAUUAUUGAUAAUUUACGAUUAACUGAAGGUAAUUGGUACUUUUGUAUUCGAUUAUUAGAAUCAACUUCAGCUCAAAUUGGAUGGGCAACAAAUGGAUUUAAACCUAAUCAUUCUAUUGGAAUAGGUAAUGAUAAAUAUUCAUGGUCAUAUGAUGGAUCUACAGGAAUCAUUUAUAAUAAUAAACAAUAUUCAUUUCCAUUCGAAAAUAUUCUUUGGAGUACGAAUGAUGUUUGUGGUUGUGGAAUUGAAAUAAAUAAUGAUCAUAUACAAAUUAAUUAUUGGUUAAAUGGAUAUUUCUUAGGUACACCUUUUUCUCAUCAAUUUCCUAUAAAUUCAACAACAAAAAUAUGUAAUAUGUUACCAAAUGGAUAUCGAACAAGUUAUUUUCCUGGUGUGACUUUAAAAGUAAAUAAUAUAACAACGUUAAGUGCUUGUGAAUUUAUAUUUCAUCCAAUGGAUAUGUUUGAAUGUCCAUUGCCGAACAACUAUAAACCAUUAUUACUUCCGACUAUGAUCGAUAUUGAUGAUUCACUUGUUGCUUAUCCAUUUAGUGCUUAUUUGGUUGGUGAGAAUGUACAAGAUUAUUUUAUUCCUACACGAAAUAAUAAAUCAAUUCGAUUUUUACGUGAUUUUAUCAAUAAUUAUCACCUUGAAAGUGUAUUUAUAGUGGAAAAUUAUCAAUUGAUAUUGCCGGAACAUAAUGAAGGCUUUCCAUUAACUAUCGAUGAUCAACAAUCAUUGACAAUUAGUUUUGAUUUUUCAGUUUUAAAGAUGUCUCAUGAUUAUCUUGAUAUUCCAUUAUUAACAUUUGAUCCACCGGAUGUAUUUUCAAUACAAAUACCAAUAAAUAAAAUUACAAAUAAAACACAAAUAGCUAUAAUAUUUCAGUUAAAUGAACGAAAAAUAAAAAUUUACAUUAAUAAUGAAUGUCGAAUAUUGGAAAGUCCAAUCAUAACAAAAUUUCAUAUUCAUAUUUUACCAAGAAUAGCUGUUGGAAUUGAAAAUCUUGCUAUUUGGAAAUAUGCUUUAUCGGAAGAACAUAUUCGACGUUUAUUUACUUCUGGUUUAUCCUAUAUUGCAUUUGAUUAUUAUCGAUUAAAUGAAUAUCGAAAACAAGCAAAUAUAUUGACAUUUAAUACUGAAGAUAAAUACUUUGAAAAUGAAUUGAAACAUUUUAGAACAAAUAAUGGAACCUUACAAGUAUUCGGUAAUAAAACUUAUUUUGUUUUAGAUAAAUCUCUAGAUUCAUGGUCGGCAUAUACACUUGUUUUUGAUAUUUCUAUCUAUCAUUUACCAAUCAUAUUAGUAGAAUUAAAUGAACAAUCACAGAUAUGUAUAGCACAUGAUGGUCAACUUUAUCUAUCUAUCAAUAAUGAAAAAUAUAUUCAAAGUGAAUCAAAAUUGAAGUUAAAUGAAUAUAUACGUUUGCUAAUUGCUGUUGAAAAAAAUUCUAUAAAAAUCUAUGUCAAUGGAUUAUUAGAACUUCAUGGAAAUGUAGAUAAUGAUCAAUUAACAAUAAAAGACAAACAAAUUAAUCUCUUCAAAGAAUUAGAUUCAACUAACAGCACAAUUAAUGAAGAUACACUUCGAAUUGAAUGUAAAUCAAUCACUUAUUUAAAUAAAGCAAUUCUUGACAGUGAUGAACAAAUAAAAUCUCCAAAUAAUUCAUUAGAAAGUUUAGUUGCACCUCCAUAUUCAAUUAUAUCACCAAGUUUAAUUCGAAUUGGAUAUGAUGAAUUAUCAAUAAGAUCUGCUAUGAAAUACACUAUGACCACAAAUAUUCAAUUGAUUGAUACAAUUCUACGUGAAAAAUAUUAUAAACAUGAUACAAAUAUUUUAUCAAAACUUGGAUCAUCAAUUAAUAAAGAAAAAUUGAAAGAUUUACUUCAAUUUUCUCAAUUUGAUACUGAAGAGAAAAUAGCAGCUCUUGCAGAAAUUUUACUCAUUCAUUGGAAUGAUAUUCAAACAUUAUCAACACCAUCGAUUGGUAAAGACUGGUUCUAUGAAACUAUUCAUCAUUUAACUCUUAAUGAAAAUCUUUCGGAAUGGAUUCAAGAUAAAUCAAACAUAAUCGAACCAACUGAUCUUACUUAUCAACUAUUUGAUUUAAAUCAAUCUAUAGAUGAACAAACAAAAAUCACAACUAAUAUCAUUGAUGAUCAAUGGAAAAACAUUAAAUAUACUUAUCAACAUAUGACUCGCAAUAAAUAUCAUCAAUCUCGUCUUGCUUGUGAAUAUGAUUUGAUUUCAAUCUAUGCACAUUAUACAAUUAUAAAUAUAUUAACAAUUUGGUUUAAUGAUGGAUCAAGUUUAUUUCCAUUAGAAGAAUUUGGUGAUGCAACAUUUAUUGUAACAUUAUUUCGAUUAUUAGACUAUCACACAUGUUUACAUAUUGAUGAAACUAUUGAUAGAAUGAGUUUGUUAAUAAAUUCAAUUCUUAAAGUUGAAUUAAAUGAAUUACUUAAAUAUCAUCGAAUAAGAAAUAAUAAGAUUACUAAUGAUAUAUUACAAUAUAAAGGUUUUUUACUUUAUUAUUUACAAAAAGAUAUUAUGAUUCAAUCGAUUAAAAUUUUAUUUGAUCCAUCAUUAUUAUCUUCAGAAUAUAGUGAAGAGUUUGAUAUAAAAAAACCAAAUAUAAAUUUUAUUCUUAAAUUACUUCAUCUAUUUGUCAAAUUUAUAUCUGAAAAAUUGACGACAAAACAAGAAGACAUUGAUUUAUUAAUUUCAUUAUUAUUUCCCGAAUCUUUAGUCAAUAUAUUAUUCAAUUUAUUUCUUAUAAAUCCAAUGCAUCAAAUAAAAAGUACUAUCCUUCAAUUAUUGUCUAGUUUAAUACAAACAAGUGACAAUUCCCAUUUAAAUCAAAAUAUUCAACAUUUUCUAUUCCAUUUAUUCAUUGAAUUACCACCAAAUUCUACAUCAGUAUAUACUCAAACAAUGAGAACAUUUCAAAUCUCUCUCAUGAAUUUAAUUUUUCUAUUAACUAAAAGACAAAAAUCUCAAUCAAUUACAAUGAAUAUAACAAACGAUCAAUUUAAUUUUCCUCAAAGUUUUCAUGAUCUAUUAAUAUCAAUUGAUGUUAUUGAUGCUUUAAUCGAUAAAACAAAGCAUAGAUCAUUUCCAGAAAUGUUCAUAAGACAAUCAAUUAUUUUACUCGGUAAGAAUCUUCAAUUCACUAGAGAUGAUAUCGAAAAAUCAAAUAAUUAUUUUGAUACAAUUGCUGAUUUACAAUUAAUUAAUUUUAUGAACAAUCAUCUUCUCUUAAAAAUUUCUUUUAUUCAGUUUAUCAAUGAUCUACCCAUCGGAUCCAUACCUAAUCCAACAUAUUACAAAACUUAUCCAUCUUUAUGCCAUAUUCCAGCUAUUUAUAUACAAAUUCGUGCUAAACUUUUCUAUCAAUUUAAUAUAUUUAUAGAAAAAUUAGUAUCAGUUAUUGAUCUUAGUCUACUUCCGGGACAAAGUAUUGUCACAGAUCAAAUUCAAAAAAUCAAAUCAUACAUAUUAUACGAAAUAAAAUCAAAACUAUUUUAUACAACUCUAACUCUUACUGAAUUGGAGACACAUCAUGAUAUGCCUACUGUUAAUUUCAAUACAGUUAAAGCCAGUUCUGGUAUAGAUACGAUGUUUAAUCAAGCUUAUGAUCAAUUAUAUAAUAAUGCUCAUAUAACAUUUAGAAAAGAAUAUAAUCAACUAUGGCAUGCACAAUAUCUUGGUAUGCAUAGUACAGAUCAAGGUGGUCCAUUUCGUGAUUCUGUGACACGUAUUUGUUCUGAUAUAUGUAGUACACGAUUAUCCUUAUUUAUUUUAUGUCCAAAUGGACGAACAAAUAGUGGUUUAAAUAAUGAUCGUUGGAUUCCCAAUGUUUUCCCAUCAAAUAAAUCAAUUCCAAAUCGAAUAAAACAACAAUAUCAAUUUAUUGGACAAUUAAUGGGUAUGGCAAUACGAAAAAAACAUUAUUUGUCUUUAAAAUUCCCUAAUUUAUUAUGGAAACAAUUAGUUCGAGAACGAAUAACUAUUGAAGAUAUUGAAGAUAUUGAUAUUCAAAGUUUUACCAUGAUUAAUGAAAUAGAAAAAAUGAUUAAACAAAAUAAUCAAUUAAUCGAUAUUGACAAAGUGUUGAGAACUACGUUCGAUGAACUUCGAUUUGAAGUUAUUAGUUCAAAUGGAAAAACAUAUGAACUUGUUCCAAAUGGAAGGAAUAUUCCAAUAACAACUUCGAAUUUUCAAGAUUAUUGUUCAAGUUAUCGUCAAUAUCGUUUAAAUGAAUUUUAUCGACAAAUUGAAUGUAUUCGUCAAGGAUUGUAUAGUGUUGUUCCUGGAUAUUUCUUAGGUUUAUUUACAGCUAAUGAACUUGAAGAAGCUGUUUGUGGCAAAGGAGAAAUCGAUAUCGAAUUAUUAAAAAGAAAUACAGAAUAUGGUGGUCGUUAUAAUCAAAAUUCACCAUCUAUUCAACAAUUUUGGAAAAUUCUCAAGGAAAUGUUCAACGAAGAACAGAAGAAAUUAUUUUUAAAAUUUGUCUGGGGUCGAUGUACAUUACCAAGUUGUGAUGAUGACUUUGGAUCAAAAUUUAGGAUUGAACCCUAUAAUAUAUCUCAUGGAUCUGUAGAUGGAGCACUUCCAAGAUCUCAUACAUGUACUUUUGGUCUUGAUUUACCUACUUACUCAUCAAUUGAUAUCAUGUAUGAUCGGUUGAAUUAUGCCAUAACUUAUUGCUCAAGCAUCGAUACAGAUCGUCAGAUGAAUGAACCUCCUACUCCAACUGAUUUAGAAUCUGACGGGACAACAGAUGAAUCAUGA